AUGUAUCUCGAAGACCUUUAUCAAAAUGAUAAAAUAGAAAUAACGGUCUUUACCAUCAACCAGCACCUCCUACAACAUUACCCCAAUAUGAUCGGUGCCUUUGGUCCUCCACAUGCAUACAGCACAAGAUCAGUAGAGCAUGCUAUUGGCAAGUACUCUUGCGCCAUCAAAAGCAAUUCAGCAAUUAACAUGAAUGCUGGAAACUAUGAGAAUAUGUCUGCUGGUUGGCCAAUUACUAGCAAGGGUAAGUGUGCUUGUGCAGAUUCCGAUAUCGAGUUCUGGGGACCUUUAGUAUAUAAAACAAGUGAUGAUAGUUUUGAAGACAUUUCUUGUCUUCUGAUUCUUAUUCAAGACUUUCAUAGAUCAAUGGGGGUGGAAUGCGGGGCGAUUGAACCAGCUAUAAUAACUAGCUGCAAAGCUUUUAUUAAUGGCUGUGUGAUUGACUCUUCAUUUUCCCAAAAAACAUUAAGAGAGGCGCAUCAUGUUUGUCUUCAGAUGCAAGUCGAUCUCACUGUAUUAUACAAUGGCAUUCCAGUGGUAGUAAAUGGUCAGCUCAAACCAAAGGUAGUCCACCUGGUGGACGUCAAGGAGUUGGUUGGUCUUGUGGUGUCAGAUGCAAUGGGCAGUACAACAACAACAACAACAACAAAAUAUAUAGUGUGGCCAGAACUUAACCGCGGCCCGAAAUUAAAUAUUGGUCAAUAUAGAGAUCUAUAA